CGGGCACCGCCGCCGCUGCCGCCGCGCCGGGCUGAGCUGAGCUGAGCAGAGCAGCGCAGAGCAGCGCAGAGCAGCGGCGCCUCCCGUGCGGCCGCCGGCGGCAUCGCGGCGCCAGCAGCGAGGUGCCGGCGCCGAUGCGGCCGCUGGGCGCCGAGGCGGCAGGAGGCCCCCGGCGGAGCCCCGCCGCCCGCCAUGCCCUGGAGCGUCCGGUGGGUCGGCGGCCGCGGCGCCCAGUCGCAGAAGCAGUGCAAGAAAUCCUCCUUCGCCUUCUACCAGGCGGUGAGGGACCUGCUGCCCGCCUGGCUGCUGGAGGACAUGCGGACCAUGGAGGUCUUCCACUGGGAGGACGGGGGCAAGGUGAGCGUGUACUCGCCCUCGGAGGCCCUGCUGUACGCGCUGGUGCACGACCACCAGUCCUACGCCCAGCACCUGCUGACUAAGUUCCCCCAGGGCGCCCUGGCCGUGCCCAGCCAGAGCUUCAGCUGCUGCCAGUCGUCGGCCCCGCACCUGGCCAUGGCCGUGCGCUACAACCGGGUCCGCAUCCUCUUCCGAAUCCUCAAGGCCAUCCGGGACUUCCCGGCCAGCGACAGAGCCGGCCACCUGGACCGCAAGGGCUGCAGUCGGGUGGAAGGUGGCAAGACGGCCCUGCACGUGGCCUGCGAGCUGGUGAGACCUGAGUGCUUGCUCCUGCUGCUUGGGCACGGCGCGUCGCCCUGCCUGCCCGACUCCUCAGGGGAUACGCCACUCGACACCUUGCUGCAGCAGAUCGCCCAAACGCCGGCCGUUAAUAUGCGUGCCAAGCUCCUCUGCCUCGACUGCCUCUUCUUCUUUGUGCCUCAGGACCUGCAGUUCCCGAUGAAACAGCAGCUGUUGGACCAUCGGCAACGGUGGCAGGACCUUUUAGGGGAGAACCGGCUCCAGUGCCUGGUGGGCUCAGCCCCCCCAUCGCUUUUCGUCAGCGCCAUGCGCGUUUUAAUCAGGACCAUUUCGCCUGAGCAGUUCCCCGAGGCUCUGGACGAUCUGCCUCUGCCGCAUUUUCUAAAGCCUUUGGACUUGAAACUGGAGAGCUAGGGGGUUUGUACCAGAGCCUCCUGCUCACACAACAGAAAUAGACUAUUGUGCUAAAACUGUAUCGGUGUACAAAGCUGCUAGCGCAGCAGCAGAGCAUCUGUUUUAAUUAGAACUGUGUUUUUUAAAAGAAUUGUAUCUGGCA